AUCUCUUCACUAAACCAAGUUUUGAUCAACAUACCAUCUACAAUACUUCUUCCUAUUCCUUUUCUUCACGAAACAAACGUUAUCUCCACAUUAGUACUCUAUCUUUGUCAAGGUUUUAAUUGCAGUUAGGGUUUCUUCUGGAGAUCAACAAUCCUUGCAGUUAUCCGAAACUUGGUUCGAAUAAGAAGUUAGGAAACAUAUAUUAAGUAGAAAAAUGGAAAAGGAAAUGAAAGACGAGACUUUGCCUCCAGGGUUUCGCUUUCAUCCUACAGAUGAAGAACUCAUCACUUGUUAUCUCAUAAAUAAGAUUUCUGAUGCUAAUUUUGCAGCUAGGGCUGUUACUGACGUCGACCUCAACAAGUGCGAGCCAUGGGAUCUUCCUGGAAAAGCGAAAAUGGGGGAGAAAGAAUGGUAUUUCUUCAGCUUAAGAGACAGGAAAUACCCGACAGGAGUGAGAACCAACAGAGCAACCAACACGGGAUACUGGAAAACAACUGGGAAAGACAAGGAGAUAUUCAAUUCUAGCACUUCGGAAUUAGUUGGUAUGAAGAAAACUCUGGUGUUCUACCGAGGUAGAGCUCCCCGGGGAGAGAAAACCAAUUGGGUCAUGCAUGAAUAUCGUCUGCACUCCAAGUCCUCCUUUAGGACAACCAAGCAGGAUGAAUGGGUGGUCUGUCGCGUGUUUCAAAAGAGUGCUGGAGCUAAAAAGUACCCCUCCUCAUCAAAUCAAUCUAGAGCCCUCAAUCCAUACAACGUGGACAUGCUAGCUGCAAACAAUGCCAUGCAUUCCUCCCAAAUGCUUCAAUCAUCGGAUCAGAACAUCGCUUUCCAACAUCAAUUCCCAAUGGGAAUGGGAAGGCCUAAUUACCUGAGUAAUGCAGAAUUCGCGGAACUUAACAGAGUUUAUAGAUCAUCAGCUGGCUCAACUGGGAUCAACAACAACAAUAAUAAUAAUAUCCCGCCUAUAUCUGUGCAAAUGCAGUCUCAACUAAUGAACUAUCCGCAAUUCCUUGGAGCUGGAGGAAACGGCAGUGGAUCUGGAAACUCAUUCACGAUCUCGGGCCUCAACUUAAACCUAGGAGGAGGAUCAGGCGGUGCAGGAGGCGCCUCAUCAUCAAUGCCACCAUUUUACAGGCCACCUGCUGUGCCACAGGCUCCGCAGGCCGCGAUAAAUGUGCAACAAGUGGAUCAUGUCAGUGGUGGCAAUUCUCUUAGUAGUCAUGAUCAAGCAGCAGGUAAUUAUGGAGUGGAUAUGAGCCAGGGAAAUGUGGGGAUUAAUAACAGGUUCAUGACUAUGGAGCAAGCUGAUCUAGAAAACUACUGGGCUCCUUACUGAGGAAACUAUUUUUAUGUGUAGGAUAUGGUUUAUUAAUUCACAAGUAUUUCUCAACUGUAUCAGCUCUUCUAGAAAACUUUGCUGUUGUAUGAAGUUAUUCAUGUAUUGAUUUUGCAGAUUUGCAGAAGUAUGAUCGGUGCCGUGUUGAACUAGUAAGGAUGCUAAUUAGUUUCUUUGCUUUUUUU